AAAGAAUGAUAAUAUAUAGCCAAGAGAUUUUUUAGUUAAGGAUGAUUGUACAUGAAAAGUGAUUGUAUUAACUCAGUGUUGAUAAUUUAAUGUUGUAAAAUUAGCCUGAUGCAUGACUAAAAAAAACAAUGGGUACUUUUUUGGGAAUAAAGCUAUUUUCUUCUCUUAUCUUUUCCUCAGCAGAUGACAUCAAGCAGGUCCAUAGAAUGGAAUGGAAACCAGUCUUCUGUGGCCAUGUUUGUUCUCCUGGGACUCUCAGAUGAUAAAGAACUGCAGCUCAUCCUCUUUCCAAUAUUCCUAGGGAUUUACCUUGUGACCCUUAUCUGGAACCUGGGUCUCAUCCUCCUAAUUAGAAAGGACUCCCACCUGCACACACCCAUGUACUUUUUUCUCAGUUUCCUGUCAUUCAUAGACAUCUGCUAUUCUUCUUCCAUCAGCCCAAGGAUGCUUUCAGACUUCCUAAAAAACAAAAAAAUAAUUUCCUUCAUUGCCUGUGCCACUCAGUAUUUUGUUGCAGCCUGGAUGUCUCUGACUGAGUGCUGCCUCUUGUCCGCCAUGGCCUAUGACCGAUAUGUGGCCAUUUGCAGCCCGCUACAAUACUCAGCCAUCAUGGUACCUGGCCUCUGUGGGAAGAUGGUCACUGGGGCCUAUGUGAGUGGUUUCCUUAGUAGUUUAUCUCAAACAGUCUCUUGUUUUCAUCUUUACUAUUGUGGGCCAAAUAUCAUUCAACAUUUCUUCUGUAACUUGCCUCAGAUUAUUUCCUCGUCUUGCUCCAAUCCCUUCAUCAGCCAAAUGACUCUUCUUCUGGUAGCUAUUGUUAUUGGAUUUGGUUCAUUGCUUGUUAUCUUCUUGUCCUAUGGUUUCAUUGCAGCUUCCAUCCUGAAAAUAUCCUCAGGCAAAGGUAGUACAAAGGCCUUCAACACCUGUGCCUCCCACCUGGCAGCUGUGACACUCUACUAUGGCACAGCCCUCUCUGUGUACUUGUGUCCCAAGUCUAAUCACUCCAUGAAGCAGGACAAGGUGCUAUCAGUGUUCUAUGUCAUCAUUACCCCCAUGAUGAACCCUCUGAUCUAUAGUCUGAGAAGCAAGGAGAUCAAGGGGGCCCUCAAGAGGCUUAUGAAGAGAGCAAUAGUCUUAUGUCAGUCAGAAUAG